CACCGGAAGUCCCGCCUCCGCCGGGGGCCUGCGAGAAUCGAGGCACUGGCCGGCGUACCCAUGUGUCGAAGUGAGUUCACGGCCUGGUACCGGCGGAUGUCCGUGGUCUACGGGAUCGGCAUCUGGUCUGUGUUGGGCUCACUGCUUUACUACGGCCGGACAAUGGCGACGUCGUCAGUAAACCAAAAGGAUGGCUCAACAAGUGAAGCACCCAGUGAACUAUCUGAACGCCCAAAAGGAUUUUAUGUGGAAACAAUUGUCACAUGUAAAGAAGAUUUUGUUCCAAAUACAGAAAAGAUCCUCAACUAUUGGAAAUCAUGGACUGGUGGCCCUGGCACAGAACCAUGACUGGCUGCUGAAUUCUGAAAACCAGGACUUGGUUCAACAUUUAAAUUUGAUAGUUGCCUCGAUUCCCAUUUUGUGUUUGCAAAAAGUGUAUGUAUUUAAAUUUGCUGUAAAACAUAAUCACUAGUAAUAUGCAAUAAAUAUUUUCUUGAAGGAAACUACCUGCAUUUCUUUUUUUUUUUUUUUGAGACGGAGUCUCGCUGUGUCACCCAGGCUAGAGUGUAAUGGCAUGAUCUCUGCUCACUGCAAGCUCCACCUCCUGGGUUCACGCCAGUCUCCUGCCUCAGCCUCCUGAGUAGCUGGGACUACAGACACCCGCCACCACACCCAGCUAAUUUUUUGUAUUUUUAGUAGAGACAGGGUUUCACCGUGUUAGCCAGGAUGGUCUCCAUCUCCUGACCUUGUGACCCGCCCGCCUCAGCCUCCCAAAGUGCUGGGAUUACAGGCGUAAGCCACCGUGCCCGGCCUACUAUCUGCAUUUUCAAGAGGUGUUCCUCUAUAUUUGCAUGAGUGAAAGAUUGCUGUGAAAUUUCACAUAGAGCUUCCAUAAGCUUGAUUUCCUGAAACUAGUUAAUGUACAUUUAUAUUUCUUUCAUGUUGCUAUUAGGCACAGCUUUAGUGGUCGCUUUAAGGUUAGUUUCAGCAAAUCUCCAUAUUCAGUUUGGGAUUCACAGUAGCCUUUUGGGUACUGCUGCGUACUGGGUAAGUAUGAUAUAAAUUUGAUUGUAACUUCUGAAUUAAAUAGACUGGACCUAUUCUUUAGGACUAGUGCACAUACCCCUCAUUCCUUCAGCAGGUGUGGAUUACCCACCAACUGUGGCCAGUGCUAUUCUAAUGCUGGGAAUGCAGUCAGGACGACAUGAUUGAUGCUGAACCGGUUUCCUCAGUGGUCUCUUGGUUGCAGGCAACAAACACAAGUGAGCUUAAAUCAAAAGGGGGUGUUUAUAAAAAAUGUGUAUUGGUAGCUAAGAAUUAAAGCAGAGAGUAUGGGCCAGGAGCGGUGGCUCACGUCUGUAAUCCCCGCACUUUGGGAGGCUGAGGCGGGCUGAUCACAAGGUCAAGAGAUCGAGACCAUCUGGGCCAGCAUGGUGAAACCCCAUCUCUGCUAAAAAUACAAAAAUUAGCUGGGCAUGGCACCGCGUGCCUGUAGUCCCAGCUACUUGGGAGGCUGAGGCAGGAGAACCACUUGAACCUGGGAGGCGGAGGUUGCAGUGAGCCGAGAUAGCACCACUGCACUCCAGCCUGGUGACAGCGAGAUUCCAUCUCAAAAAAAAAAAAAAAAGCAGUAUGUUGAGGUCUUCAGAAGGCCUGACAGUGGGACCAGAAUGCAGGUAGCCACUCACUGAGCCUGCCUGGGCUCUCGACCUUGCUUUUCUUAUUGCAUACCAGCUGCUUUUCUCACCUUUCCGGAGUAAUACAAAUAUCCCAAGAAGAUACUACCUCCCGUGUGUAGUGCCAAAGUCUGACCAGCCUCUCCUCAACCCGGUCUUUGGCUUCACCCUUGCGAGAGACUCAGUUCAGUUUUUGUCAGAUCCCUGCCUAUGGAUUAUAGAGUACUGCCUCAGUUAUGAAUAAAGUGGCAUUUGUUUCUCAUUUAGGUAGUGUUUUCCUGUUCAUAGCUGUCGGAACUCUGUGAGUAGAGAUGUGUGGUAGGACAGGAAUUGGGCAUUUCAGGGUUCCUCUACAGUACUAUGUAUGACCUUCAGACCCUCAUCUUGAUUUCUCAUUGGUGUCAGUUCCACCAUAUGGGUGGCCUGAGCAGUGCUGUGGUGCAGUCAGCCUUAGUGACAAGGAUUCCAAAAUCACAAGUAACAGCUCCAGAUGCUGGUAGCAGAGACUCAGCUUCCCAAGGGAUAUCAGGUCAAGCAUGGAUUCAUGCCAAUUAGCUGUGUAUUCCAGUGGACCAUCUUGGUUGGCAUCAAACUGAUGAAUGAGAAGCAGUGUGCAACAGUGUAGGGAAAAGCAAGAGAGAUCAGAUUGUUAAUAUGUCUGUAUAGAAAGACGUAGACAUAAGAGACUCCAUUUUGUUCUGUAUUAAGAAAAAUUCUUCUGCCUUGAGAUGCUGUUAAUCUGUGACCUUACCCCCAACCCCGUGCUCUCUGAAACAUGUGCUGUGUCAAACUCAGGGUUAAAUGGAUUAAGGGUUAUGCAAGAUGUGCUUUGUUAAACAAAUGCUUGAAGGCAGCAUGCUCCUUAAGAGUCAUCACCACUCCCUAAUCUCAAGUACCCAGGGACACAAAAACUGCGGAAGGCCUCAGGGACCUCUGCCUAGGAAAGCCAGAUAUUGUCCAAGGUUUCUCCCCAUGUGAUAGUCUGAAAUAUGGCCUCGUGGGAAGGGAAAGACCUGACCGUCCCCCAGCUCGACACCCGUAAAGGGUCUGUGCUGAGGAGGAUUAGUAUAAGAGGAAGGCAUCUGUCUCCUGCCCGUCCCUGGGCAAUGGAAUGUCUCCGUAUAAAACCCGAUUGUACGUUCCAUCUACUGAGAUAGGGAAAAACCGCCUUAGGGCUGGAGGUGAGACAUGGGGCAGCAAUACUGCUUAACAAAGCAUUGAGAUGUUUAUGUCCAUGCAUAUCUAAAGCACAGCACUUGAUUCUUUACCUUAUCUAUGAUGCAAAGACCUUUGUUCACGUGUUUGUCUGCUGACCCUCUCCCCACUAUUGUCUUGUGACCAUGACACAUCCCCCUCUCUGAAAAACACCGACAAAUAAUCAAUAAAUACUAAGGGAACUCAGAAGCCAGUGGGAUCCUCCAUAGGCUGAACGCUGGUCCCCUGGGUCCCCUUAUUUCUUUCUCUAUA